UUUCCUUUUUUUAAACCAUUUCCAUCCCGAUUUCUUUGCUGGACAUCACAUUAAGACUUGCAUACCAUGUUACCACCUGCGAGAACUGCUGUGGAGACUUCAAAGGAAGCCAUGAACAUGGCAUUCCUGUUUGUGUUGGCCGUGUUGGGACCGACACUUGCUGCAUUGUUGCAGUCCAUGAACUUUGUGCGGUAUAACCAGAGCGCCAUCGGUAAGCUGGAGAUACCGCUUUUGCAAAACUCAAAAGCGUUGGUCAAGGCCUCCGGUGCCGAAAAGCCUGUUACAAAAGUCCCACAAUCGAAAUCGCAAUCGAAACCGCAAACUCGGUCGCCUGCAUCAUACCUUCCGGCUGCGAACAACAAAGGAAAGAAAAAUACUGAGGUUGCGCUUCCUCAAACGCUACCGCUUCCUGGCGUCGUGCUUCAGGCCCUGGACACAGUGGAUAGCGCUUGGGAUUGGGCGGUGGAAAGGACCGCUGGAGCGGUAGCUUACUCGGCAGCAUUUAUCGGUUGGAAAGUCAAGGUGCGCAAGGCAGAGAAAGCCGCGUAAUUGAAGGGAAGGCUGACCGACCCACGUAUACCCGAUGCUCAGAUGUGGGCUUAUCAGCGAUUGCGGAGUUUUCGGAUAUCUUAUAGAGGGUCACUGUACAUAGAUUAUGGUUUUGAGCAUUUCGUAUCUUCAAUAUUCACAAUUUCGUAUCACAUCAUCAAUUAAUAUGCUAC